AUGCUUCCCCUCUUUUUUUUAAUCGCUCGAAUUAUUCUUUUCAUGUUGCCGUCACUAAGCAAUUCAAAAUCCUGUGUUUAUAAUGCGUUGAGGAAGGCAUUUUCGAUCGAUUAUUGUUUUCUUGCUUUCUUACUUUUUAAUCAUUUCCAUUUCUUUCUAUCUUUCUUUCUAUUUUUCUAUCUUUCUAUCUAUCUUUCUUUCUAUCUAUCUGUCUAUCUAUCUUUCUUUCUAUCUAUCUUUCUUUCUGUCUCUCGUUCUAUCUAUCUUUCUUUCUAUCUUUCUUUCUAUCUAACUUUCUAUCGUUCUAUUUUUCUUUCAAUCUUUUUUUCUAUAUUUCUAUCUUUCUUUCUAUCUUUCUUUCUUUCUUUCUUCUUUCUUUCUGUCAUACCUUAUUUAUUAUUUUCUUAUAGCCAACAUUCUUUCUAUCUUUUUUCUUUCGAUCUUUCUUUCUUUCUGACUUUUUUUCAUGACUUAUUUCAUUUUUCUUAUGACCAACAUUCAUUCUCUUUUUUCUAUCAUUUACAUUUUUCUUUUUCCUCGGCUCAUUUGAUUUUUUUACUUCUUACCAACACUUAUGCUUUCUUUCUUACUUUUUUCUUUCUUUUUUUUAUUAUCUUUCCAUGCUUUCUUUCGUUCUUUCUCUUUCUUUCUUUCUUUCUUUCUUUCUUUCUUUCUUUCUUUCUUUCUGCUCCAGCUUUGUCUUUCUUUUGCACAUUUCAUUGCUUAUUUCCUUCCUUCCUUUCUUCCUCCCUUCCUUCUUUCUUUCUUUCUUUCUUUCUUUCUUUCUUUCUUUCUGUUUCUAUCCCUGUCUUUUCUGCUCCAGCUUUGUCUUUCUUUUGCACAUUUCAUUGCUUAUUUCCUUCCUUCCUUUCUUCCUCCCUUCUUUCUUUCUUUCUUUCUUUCUUUCUUUCUUUCUUUCUGUUUCUAUCCCUGUCUUUCUGCUCCAGCUUUGUCUUUCUUUUGCACAUUUCAUUGCUUAUUUCCUUCCUUCCUUUCUUCCUCCCUUCCUUCUUUCUUUCUUUCUUUCUUUCUUUCUUUCUUUCUUUCUUUCUUUCUUUCUGUUUCUAUCCCUGUCUUUCUGCUCCAGCUUUGUCUUUCUUUUGCACAUUUCAUUGCUUAUUUCCUUCCUUCCUUUCUUCCUCCCUCCCUUACUUCCUUUCUUCUUUCUUUCUUUCUUUUUUCUUAUUAUCUUUCUUUACAUCACUUUCUUUUUUUUCUUUCUUGUCUUGUUUAAUCUUUUCUUAUUGCCAAUAUCCAUACUUUCUUUCUUUCUUCCUUUCUUUCUUUUUUCUUUCUUUCUGUUUUCUUUCUUUCUUUCUAUUCCUCUUUUGCAUAUUUAUCUUCCUUUAUUUAUUUUAUACUUUAUUUAAUGUUUUCUUAUUGCCAACUUUGACGCUUUCUUUCUUCUCAUCAUUUCCCUUUUUCUUUCUUUCUUUUUUUCUUUGCUUAUUUUUAUUUCUUACCAACAUUCAUGCUUUCUUUCUUUCUUUCUUUCUCUUUUUUCGUUCUCUCUUGUCUUAUUUUAUUUUCACUUAUUCCGAUCAUCCAUUCUUUCUUUCUUUCUUUCUUUUUUUCAUUUCUUUCUUUCUUUCUUUCUUUCUUUCUUUCUUUCUUUCUUUCUUUCUUUCUUUCUUUCUUUCUUUCUUUCUUUCUUCGGUUUAA